AUGUCAGUAACAUCUCAUGGAGAUGCAGUGAGGAAUAAGCUUGAUGACAAGUCAGAGAAAUGCAUUUUUAUUGGAUAUAGUGAAAGAAGCAAGGCCUACAAGCUGUACAAUCCAAAGACAAAGAAAUUCUUGGUUAGUCGAGAUGUUCGAUUUGAUGAAUACUCUGAUUUUUAUGAUCAUGGUGCAUCAUCAACUCUUCAAGAUGAUAGUGAUGAUUAUUGUCACUCCACCAAUGACUCUUCCCAAAGUUCUCCAAGACCAGCAACAAAUGGCAGUGAAGGCCCUUCCCAAACUCCGAUAAAGAUGAGAAGUUUAGAAGAAAUUUAUGAAUAUGCUCGGCAUGUAGAUUUGCCGAAUGAAGCUGUAUAUUUUGCCUUCUUUGCAGGAGAAGACCCAAUUUCUUUUGAUGAUGCAUCCAAAGAAGAAAAAUGGAAGAGAGCUAUGGAUGAAGAAAUAAAAGCCAUUGAAAAAAAUGAUACAUGGGAGCUCACAGAUUUGCCAGAGCACAAGGAUCCUAUUGGUGUGAAAUGGGUGUACAAAACAAAGAUGAAUCUAGAUGGGUCCAUAAAUAAAUACAAGGCGAGGCUUGUGGCGAAGGGAUACAAACAAAAAGAAGGAAAAGAUUAUACUGAGGUAUUUGCUCCUGUUUCUAGGCUUGACACCGUUCAUUUAAUCAUUUCUCUUGCAGCGCAAAAUAAUUGGAAGGUGUUUCAAAUGGAUGUGAAGUCUGCGUUUUUGAAUGGUGUUCUUAAUGAAGAAGUUUACUUGGAGCAACCACAUGGAUAUGUAAAGAGAGGAGAAGAGAAGAAAGUUUUCAAGUUGAGAAAGGCCUUAUAUGUUCUUAAGCAGUCACCUAGAGCUUGGUACAGCUGCAUCAAUUCAUAUUUUGAAAAGAAUGGAAGCUUCAUGAUUGUAAGUCUUUACGUUGAUGAUAUGAUUUUUACCGGAAAUAAUCUUGAUAUGUUGAAUGAGUUCAAGCUCUCCAUGAUGAGAGAAUUUGAGAUGACAGAUUUAGGAGAACUGCAUCAUUUUCUUGGUAUAGAAGUUAACCAGUCCAAAAAAGGAAUUUUCAUUUCGCAAGAGAGUUAUGCGAAGGAAGUUUUGAAGAAGUUUCGAAUGGAGAAUGCAAAUCCAAUCUCAACUCCAUGUGUUACAGGCUUAAAAUUGAGCAAAGAUGGUGAAGGAAAACUUGUGAACUCUACAAUGUUUCAAAGUUUGGUUGGAAAUUUGAUGUAUUUGACUGCCACAAGGCCAGACAUCAUGUUUUCAGUAAGUUUGGUGAGCAGAUUUAUGGAAAAUCCAUAUUCCAAUCAUUGGGAGGCUGCAAAGAGAAUUUUGCGAUAUGUCAAAGGGACCGUUGAUUAUGGUAUUUUCUAUGAAGCAAAUAUUCCUAUUAAUCUUGUUGGUUAUACUGAUAGUGACUUGGCAGGAAGUGUUGAUGAUUGCAAAAGCACUUCUGGUUACUUUUUUAAUCUUGGAAGUGAUGUUUUUUCUUGGAGUUCUAAGAAGCAACCUAUUGUAGCUCUCUCUACAACGGAAGCAGAAUACAUUGCUGCUUCUUAUGCAGGAUGUCAAAUUCUGUGGUUAUGA